ACACACACACACACGCACGCACGCACGCACACACUCACACUCACACACACACACACACUCACACACACACGGGAACCCGCACUAGCACCUCUCCUGUCUCACUUGCGCGGCUUGCAUGAGAGGAACGGGGAAGGGGAACAGGCUGCUUUUUCUUUUUUCUUUUUCUUUAUUUUUGUGUUGCGUGUUGCGUGUUCCGUGUCGAUCGUUUCCCGGGGAGGGAUUUGACGGAUGGCAACCCCACCAGCACCAGCCGCUCCAUCCUGCCCACCCACCAGCCCGCUGCAUGUCACACCAUGACUGAACGGAGCUUCAUUGCACUGUGAAGGAGUCUGCACGCGCUCAGAUGUGGCCACCGCGCCAGGAACCGACUGCCAGCCCAGCAGUGUCCCCCCUCCCCGCCGUCCUGAUGUUCCGGUGAUGCCCGGCGCCCCCCCCUCAGGAGCAUGAAGAGCCUAGCAGGCGGGCGGCCGCAGUACCCGUACCCCCCAGUGCACAGCCGUGACCCGCGUUACGCCCCCUCCUACCUCCUGAGCCCGACGGAGGGCAGCUUCCCCCUGGACACGGCCCUGCUCCAGCAGCACGUGUCGCCCCGCACCUCGCUGCACUCCGACUGCCUGGUGAUGGCGCCCGGGCUGCUCCCCGCCAGCGCCGGGAUGCCCGCCGAGCACGUCUCCAGCAGCACCUUUCCCAGGAUGCACUACAGCUCGCAGUACUACAACUCCAUCCCGCGGGAGGACUGCGUCGCGCUCACGCCCACCGUCGCACACGCGCCCUCGUCCUACUCCUCCUCCUCCUCCCAUCACCACUACCAACAACAACAACAACAACAACAGCAACAGCACCAUCACUACAGCAACGCCCUGGCCGGUCACCACAGCAACCCGCGCAGCAACCGCCUCCCGUCGGGGAUGAUGGACCAGGUGGAGAAACAGCGGCCGGUCCAGCGCGAGGGCUUCCACACGCUGCAGUACCACCGCGGGGCUGGCACCGGCGAGAGCCCGGGCCGCAUCCGGCACCUGGUGCACUCGGUGCAGAAGCUGUUCACCAAGUCACACUCGCUGGAGGGCUCGUCCAAGGCCAACGGCGGGGGCGGCCGAGUGGACAGCGUGCACCAGCAUCACCACUCGUCCACCUCCUCCAAGCAGGGCGGCAGCGGCAAGCGCAGCAAGAGCAAGGAGCGGAGACACCGCUCGUCCGGCGACUGGUGGAGCUCCGACGACAACCUGGACAGCGACGGCACCUUCCGCGCCACGCACGGCAUGAUGGGAACGCGCCAGCAACAGAUGGAGUACGCUGCUCAACACUGCCCCCCGCUGGACCACCCGAGCGGCCACUUUGGCCGCCUCUCGCUCAAGACGUCCAAGAGCAGCGGCGACAUCAAGUGCUCGGCCUGCAAGGCCGCGCCGCCCGACGGGAAGUUCCUCAAGCGGAGCUCCUGGUCGACGCUGACCGUCAGCCAGGCCAAGGAGGCGUACAGGAAGUCCUCGCUCAACCUGGACAAGCCGUCCUCGCUGCACCACGAGCACAUGGGCCAUCGGCUGCACCACUACCUGCAGGUUCCCGGGGACGAGUGGAGGGGUUACCCUGGCGAUGAUGAGAUUCCGUGCCGGCGGAUGCGGAGCAGCAGCUACGUGAAGGCCAUGGGAGACGAGGAGAGCGCCGGAGAGUCCGACCCAAGCCCCAAGAGCUCCCCGACCAAGACCGUCCGCCCUGACGCCCUCGUCCUUAAGUCGGCCAUACAGAGACCACACCUAGAACCCCACAGUCAGGGCUACCACCUGCAGACGUCUCGUGACAUGCGUCCCCUCCCCAGCGUGAGCCUGGACCCCCCACCACGUACCAUCCCCCCCUACCGCUCUCGCAACCAGAGCUACAUGCGCGCAGUGAGCACUCUCAGCCAGGCAAGCUGCGUCAGCCAGGUGAGUGAGACUGAGGUCAAUGGCCAGUUUGAGUCAGUUUGCGAGUCCGUUUUUAGCGAACUAGAGAGCCAGGCCAUGGGUGCGCUGGACUUGCCCGGCUCGUUCCGCACGCGGAGCCACAGUUACCUGCGUGCAAUACAGGCUGGGUAUUCCCAAGACGACGACUGCUUGCCCUCCGUGACAUCCUCCACUGUCACGUCGACUCUCAGAUCCACAACAGGGAUCCAGUUCCGUCUCCCUACCGCCUGCAGCGUUGACCGCACACAACCUGCACCCUCAGCUCCGGGAGUGUCCUACCCCCCCAGCGUGAAGCAGACCCCCCCUCAGGUGCCCCCCCGCAGUGUGACGCGGCCCAUCAUCUCCGUCACGGCCCAGAGCAGCACGGAGACCGGGCCGGACACACAGCUGGAGGCGGGCCUGGGCCUGACGGAGGGCACUAGGGCCCUGCGGCAUCUCCCCUCCGGAGCGGACAGCGGUGGCAAGCGGCUGCUGUCCACAGGAAGCCAGGGUUCCAUCCAGACCUGCGACAAAGCUGUGCUGGUGUCAAAGGCGGAAGAGUACCUGAAAACACCACGCUCAUCAGUGGGGAUACAGGUUGAGACAGCAACUGACUCGGAGUCAGAGAGGAGAGGGCUUCCACAAUUCCACUCGGUGGGCAUCCAGGUGGAGGACUUCAAACGACAGGGGCGGUUCAAGCGCUCCAACAGCGUGACGACGGCGGUGCAGGCUGACCUGGAGCUGGAGGGGUUUCCCUCCAUGGAGGACAAGGGCCUGCAGUUCGGCGGCUUCCACUCCGAGCCCACCACGCCCACGCAGUACGGCGCGCUACGCACCGUCCGCACCCAGGGCCUCUUCAGCUACCGCGAGGACUACCGGCCGCCCAGCCCGCAGACGCCCGCCUGGAUGGCCGAGGGCCCCCCCGGGGCGGAGGGGGGCCCUCGGGCAUCGCCGCUGCGGAGGGACGGCAACUGGUUCAUGCAGCUGCUGGACGAGGAGAGCCGGCGGCUAGAGGACUGGUGCCGGGACAUGGAGCAGGAGGCCGAGCAGCAGCAGCUGACCGAGGACAUCCUAGGUAAAAUCAGGAGUGCGGUGGGCAGCGCUCAGCUCCUUAUGUCUCAGAAGUUCCAGCAGUUCUAUUGGCUCUGUCAGCAGAACCUGGACCCCAGUGCCAUGCCCAGGCCAACAUCGCAGGACCUGGCGGGCUUCUGGGACCUGCUGCAACUGUCCAUCGACGACGUGUCCACCAAGUUCCAGGAGCUGCAGCAGAUAAGGGGCAAUGAGUGGAAGCCUUUAGAGAGCCCAGAGAAGAAGGCAGGAAAAUGGCCACCCCCUGUUCCACGGAGGCCCACUAGAGGCCGCGGGGCGAUGAUGCGGGACCGUUCCUUGGACCUCCAGGACCGGCAGCGUCAGGAAGCCCGGCGACGUCUCCUGGCGGCCAAACGGGCUGCAUCCUUCCGACAGAGCUCUGUCACGGAGCGUGGCGACAGCAUCGAGAUCUACAUCCCUGAAGCCCAGACCAGGCUCUGACACACACACACACACACACUCACACACACACACUCACACACAAACUCUCAAAGCAACACACUCACCAAUCAACACUCACUUCCUGCAGCAUGUGGAGAGAUCAGCCAAUGGUGUUUUUCUCCCCAUGGCUUCAUUAGUAAUAUUCUAUUUAAAAUCUUACACCUCUUUGAUAUCAGUCAUCAAACUCAUCUAGUAAUCUCUGACAUUAGUAAUCACAUGACCCGUCACAUCAACCGCACGACCUCUGACAUCAUCAGUCAUCACAUGACCUUUAUCUUAUUAUGACAUCAGUCAGCACGUGGCCAGUUAUGUGUCACAUGACCUCCAGCAUCAGUCAUGAAGUGAACUAUAAUUCAUCGAAUGGUAUACAACCUCCCAAGACACAACCACACGUCAUCAUCCUACCACAUGAGUGGCUUCAUUCUUUUGAUAUCUCGCACACCAAAUAGGUCAUCCUUCAGCCUUUGUCCGUCCAGGAUAUGGACGCAAAGUGGUGCAAAAACACUCCUCAAUACGUCGGAGUGAAGACUACUGAAUCAUAACCUACUGAAUACACCUGAGUAAACCACUGAUGGUUCUCUGUGUGGGCGCAACACAGUGAACGCUGCUGAAUGAAUGCACACUACCGAGUGAGCGCUAGGCAACCCGCAGAGUAAAAGUGAUGAACUCUCAGACGUGAAACUCUGCUGUUUUAACACCACCGAGUGUGAAAUUGUAAACACUACUGAGAGAAAUCCUACUGACUGUAAAUGGUGCUGCUUUUUACUCUCCCGUUAAGCCCCGCCCUACACAGGCACUUCAGCCAAUCACAGAUGUCCAUGUAGAUGGGCUCCUCCCUCUAACCAGGAGGCAGGCAUUGGGAUUGGAUUACUUUAAGCAGGCUUCUUUAAUAGGAGAACAGAUGUGGGGAUUGGUUGUUUUUUUUAGUAUAGAAUUAUUUAAACCUGCAUACAGAGACUGCCAACAAUUCAGGAGUCUCACUUUAGUCCUUUGUUACAUCAUGGCAUUAUGACAUCACCAAAUGCAUCAACGAUCGACUGAAAUGGGUACAAGGAUACAAGGAAGUUUAUUGUCACAUGCAUAUAGUUACUGGAAGUAAGAAAUGCAGUGAAACGAUGUCUGGUGUCAGCCUA